GUCCUCCUCAGUUCACUCGGACACCCGUCGAUCAGAUAGGGGUUCAGGGGGGCGUGGCCUCCUUCGUAUGUCAAGCCACAGGAGAUCCACAGCCUAAAAUCACAUGGAGCAGAAAAGGCAAAAAAGUCACCAACCAGAGAUUUGAGGUGAUAGAGUCUGAGGAUGGUUCAGGGUCUGUGUUGCGAGUGCAGCCACUGCGGACCCCCCGUGAUGAGGCUGUGUAUGAAUGUGUGGCAUCUAACGAAGCAGGAGAGAUCAGCGCCUCCACCCGUCUUAGUGUUCUCCGCGGUAGGCACAGAUCUGACUAG